UGUAGUCUUGUGUACAAUAAGAAUUGUUUAGUUGGAGACUCCAUAAACUAAAAAAAACCUCAAUAAUUGUUUUUCUUUUUCAGCGUGACAGCCCUCCAAAGGCUUACAACAAACAGUAGAAAGCUCCCUCCCAAAAAAAAAAAAAAAAAGUAGAAAGCAAAGAAUAAAAGCAAAGCAAAAACAGAGGAGAGAGAAAAAAGAGACACAGAGGAUCAGAGAAAGAGAGAUCCAACGACAAUGGGGUGAGACCUUGAGAACUAAGGGAAGCAUUCAACUGGUUUUUUUUUUUCUUAAAUAGCUCACAAAAUUAUUUAAUUUUCUGGUACAGAAGCUAAUUCUAUGUUGUAAGGGAUUCAGGCAGUGUGAUCAGGCUGGCAUUGUGAAAAUUGAGAUAGUUCUGGAGUGAGUAAUGGCGAAAACUAAAGACAUGUAUUCUUGGUGGUGGGACAGCCACAUUAGCCCUAAGAAUUCUAAAUGGUUGCAGGAAAAUCUCACAGAUAUGGAUAGCAAAGUGAAAACAAUGAUUAAGCUCAUUGAAGUAGAUGAAGACUCUUUUGCAAGGCGAGCUGAAAUGUAUUAUAAGAAGCGGCCCGAGCUUAUGAAGUUAGUUGAGGAAUUCUAUCGUGCAUACCGUGCUUUGGCUGAAAGAUAUGAUAAUGCGACGGGGGUGAUUCGCCAGGCCCAUACAACAAUGGCAGAAGCAUUCCCCAAUCAAGUCCCUUUUCUUAUGAAUGAUGAUGGGCCUGUGAAUGGCACGCACGAUUCUGAUCCCCGUACACCUGAAAUGGCUCCAAUACGAGCUUCAUUAGAUCCGGAUGAAUUGCAGAAGGGUGCACUGGGUCUAUCUUCAUCAGAUUUACUAAAAACAAAUGGGAAUUUCACAGGCGAGGCUGGUAGAUUAGGACCGAAGCAGCUGAAUGGGUUAGGGAAGGCAAGAAAGGGCUUGAACUUUCAAGAAGUGGAGAAGAAGCAUCAUGCUGAGACUCAAACUUUGACUGAAUCGGAGAGAUUAGGAAGAUCAGAGACUGAUAUUCAAGCUCUGAAAGAAGCCCUUGCUAGAUUAGAAACUGAAAAGGAAGCUGGUUUGCUACAGUAUAAGCAGACUUUAGAAAGAUUAUCAAAUCUAGAGUCUGAAGUCUCACAGGCAAAGGAGGAUUCUAAUGGACUGAUUGAACGAGCAAGCAAAGCUGAAGCUCAAGUGCAAAGCUUGAAGGAAUCCCUACAAAAGGUAGAAGCUGAAAAGGAGGCUAGUCUGCUACAGUAUCAGCAAUGCCUCGCCAGGAUAUCCAACUUGGACAGCCAUAUAUCUCGUGCAGAAGAGAAUGCCGGACAUCUUAAUGAACGAGCUUGCAAAGCCGAAGGAGAAAGUGAGGUGUUGAAGGAAGAGCUUUCUCGAUUAAAAGAUGAAAAGGAAGCUCUUCUUGCAAAGUAUAUGGAGGCUUUGGAGAAGCUAGCGAGCUUGGAGAACAAAUUGUUGUUAGCAGAGGACUAUGCCAGCAGGACUAGUGAAAGAGCUGACAGAGCUGAAAAGGAAGUUGAAUCUCUGAGGGAAACCAUAACCAGGUUGACAGAAGAGAAGGAAGCUGUUGUUUUUAAACAUGAGCAGUGUUUAGCGAAGAUAGUGACGUUGGAAUGUGAAAUUGAUCUUAUUGAGAAAGAGGCUAAAAGGCUCAAAGCUGAGAUUGAAGAUGGGGUGGCUAAGUUAAAGGGAAGUGAAGAGCAGUGUCUUCUGUUAGAUAGGUCAAACAAGUCUUUGCAGUCGGAGGUGGAAUUGUUAGAACAGAAAUCGAGUAUUCAGAACCAGGAGCUAUGUGAAAAGCAGAAGGAAUUAGGUAGACUUUGGACAUGUUUGCAAGAAGAACGCAUGCGUUUUAUGGAGGCUGAAACUGCUUUCCAGUCACUCCAGAAUCUGCAUGCGAAAGCCCAAGAGGAGCUCAAGUCUGUUGCUGCUGAGCUUCACCAGAAAGUUCAACAUUUGAAGGACCUCGAAAAUCAGAAGAGAAGUUUAGAAGACGAUGUCCAGAUGGUGAAGGAUGAAAACAAGAGUCUUAAUGACCUUAACCAGUCCUCGGCUGUUUCCAUAAGAAGCAUGCAAGAACAGAUCUCUGACUUGACGGAGGGAAAAGGGAAGCUAGAACUGGAAUUGGAGCUUCAGCUUGAUCAGAGGAAUGCUCUCCAGCAGGAAAUUCACUGUCUUAAGGAGGAAAUAGAUAGUCUGAGCCAGAGACACCAAGAGGUGUUGAGGCAGGUGGAAUCAGUGGGCUUUGAUUCAGAAUCCUUUGGUUCCUCUGUGGAAGAGUUGCAGCACGAGAACUCAAAACUCAAAGAAAGUUUCCUGAGCAGUGAGACUGAGGUAGCUGCUGUAAAGGAGAAGCUAAGGGUAAUGGAGAAGCUCGUGCAAAAGAAUGAGCUUCUGGAGAAUUCACUGUCGAAUUUGAAUAUUGAGUUAGAAGCAGCAAGAAAAAGGGUGAAGGAGUUGGAGGAAUCCUUCCAGUUUCUUCUUGGUGAGAAGUCUACACUUAUUGCUGAGAAGGGCUUUCUUAUAUCCCAGUUACAGAUUACAACUGAGAAUAUAGAGAAACUCUCAGAACAUAACACUUAUCUGGAGAACUCUCUUUUUGAUGCUAGUGCUGAAAUUGAUAUGUUGAGGACGAAAUCUAAGAACUUAGAAGAUUCAUGCAAGUUGCUUGGUGACCAGAAUUCUGUCCUUGUUACGGAGAAACUAACAUUGGCAUCUGAGCUGGAAGCAACACACAGUAGGUUGGAAGAAUUGGGGAAAAGACAUACAGACUUAGAGCAGAGGUUCACUGAUCUGGAGGAAGAGAGAGAAUCUACACUCCGGAUGGUACAAGAAUUGCAAGUAUGCUUAGAUACUGAGAAGCAAGAGCACACUAAUUCAAAUCAGUCAAGUCAGAUCCGAAUGGCUGAUUUAGAAAACCAGAUUCAUCUUUUACAAGAGGCAGGUGAUUACAUGAGAGAGGAGUUCGAAGAAGAACUAGAUAAAGCUGUUAAUGCUCAGUUCGAGAUCUUUAUCUUGAGAAAGUGUAUACACGAUCUGAAAGAUGAGAAUUCUUUAUUUCUGAGGUACUCUGAGAAACUUCUGGAGGCAUCCAGAUUGUCUGAGAAACUUGUAUCGGAACUGGAACAGGAAAAUCUUAAUAAGCAGGAUGAAGUUAUAGUGCUGUCUGGUCAAGUACAAGGGUUGAGAAUGGGGAUCUUUCAUUUGUUAGAUGCACUUGAAACAGAUGCAGGUUUAGCAGGUGAUGACUAUGACAAUGAGGACCGAAGAGUUAUCAACCUGAUACGUGGAAAACUUGAUAAUAUUAAAGCAUCUCUGUGUGAAGCCUGGGAUGAGAAUCAAGAACUCGUUAUUGAGAAAUCUGUUCUUCUUGCAAUGAUUUCGCAGCUUAAACAAGACGUGUGGGAUCUGAAUGCUAUUAUCCACACCCUCAGGCAGGAGGUUGAAAGCAGGAAUGGAGAAGUUAUUCUACUCCAGAAGGAGAUUCAAAAGCUUCUGCAGAGUAAUGAAGAGCUGAUUUUCAAAGUCAGGGAGGGAGCUGAGAAAGAAAUUGUUCUUCUCACUGAUAUGGAAGACCUCCGCGAGAAGCUUUAUCAUCUGCAAGGGGCUUAUGACGAUCUACAAAAAGAAAAUUGCAAGGUUAUUGAGGAAAAGGGAUCUUUGAUGAAGGCAUUUGAAGAUCUGGAGGAGGAGAAACACAAAAUUGAAGAUGAAUGCUCUUGUAUGGUUGGGGAGGUAGUUGCGCUGGACAAUCUUUCGUUCAUUUUCAAAAAAGUCAUCUCUGAGAAAUCAAAGAAAGUCGUAGAGUUGACUUGGAAUAUCGACAAGCUUUGCAGCGACAACAAUAUCCUUGAGGAGAAAGUGAGAAUUGUAGAGAGGACACUGGAAGAUGCUCGAAGUAAAAAUUUGAAUUUUGAGCUCUCAUUAAAAAAUUCAGAGAAUGAACUGAAAGAAGUGAGGGUUGCAAAUGAUAAGUUGAAGGAUGAAAUAGCUAACGAAAAGAAUCUUUUGUUCUUGAAAGAAAAGGAGCUCGUUGAAGUACAGUCAAUAAAAGAGAACCAGGAGAUCCAAGUACUUGAAUUGUCCAAGAAUUACGCUGAGCAACUGAAAGAAUGUGAAGACCUUCAUGAACUUAUUGAAAAUUUAGAUUCACAGAUUUUCAAAAUGCAGAAGGAACAUGAAGAGAGUGAAGCGAGAAUACAAGUUUUGAGUUCAGAACUGCAGAAGGGAAAAGAUGAGGUCAAACUAUGGGAGACUGUGGCAGGAACUUUCUUCACCGAGCUACAGAGCUCUAGUGUACGGGAAGCAUUGAUCAAAGAGAAGUUCUCUGAGCUUUUGAAAGCGUAUGAGAUCCUUGAAGAAGAAAGUGAUUCCAAAUGCGUGGAUAUUGUUCAGUUGAAAGGAAGAGUUGGGACCCUGGAAGGUGAAAAUGCUGCAAUAAAAGCUCGAUUGGCUGCAGAUCUCUCUGCCAUUGUGUCUCUGAAGGAUUCCUUGGCAUCUCUUGAAAAGCAUGCUAAUUGGCACAGAAAGAAUCACAAAACUGACAAUGAGGAGAAUGAGGGUGUCACAAGCAAUCAAAACUUGAGUGAAGAUCAGCCAGUUGUGUUGGUCAACUUGCAUGAUGUGCAGGCUAAGAUCCAAGAUGUGGAAAAGGCGGUUAUAGAACUGAAGCAACAAGCAGAAGAGGAAAACUCUGGUGUCCGUUCUGAACUUGACUCAGCAUUGCGAGAACUUGAGGCACUAAAAUCUCAAAGCAGCUCACGUCGUGGCAGUGGAAGAUUAAGUAGGCGCGUUGCAUCAGCACAUAAUCCAGAGGAAAACAAGCCUCGGAAAACAAAUCCUGAUGUCUCACAUCCAGAGGAGGAGCUUCUGAUGAAAGACAUCAUGCUUGAUCAGGUAUCAGAUAACAACUCGUCUUUUGGUAAAAACAGAAAAGUUAUGGGGUCUGAUGAUCAGAUACUUGAGUUGUGGGAAACUAUGGACCAAGCUGGAAGCAUUGACCUCACAGUUGGUAAGCCUUCCAUUGUUCAUAACAAGUACUCUCAUCUCGAGUCUCUAAAAGAGAACCGGAGUGGCCGGCCAUCAAUAGAAUCAAUGGUGGAGAAAGAACUGAGAGUGGAUGAUCGACAGUUGAAUCCAAAGAGAUCUCUGAAUCCGGAGCAGGAGGAUAACAAGAGAAAAACCCUAGAAAGGCUUGCUUCUGAUGUUCAAAAGCUAACCAACCUUCAGAUUACAGUCCAAGAUUUAAAGGAAAAAUUGGACAGUACUGAAAACACCUUUGGAAAGGGAAAGGGUACUGUUGAGUGUGAUGGCGUCAAGGAUCAACUCGUGGAAAGUGAGAGUACAAUCCUAAAGUUGUUUGAGUACAGUGCAAAAUUGAUGAAGAACAUUGAAAAUUCUUCAACGGCUUCAUCUUUCGAUGGCUCAGUUACAGCUGAUUCAUCAGAAAGUGGGAGUGGUAAGAGGAGGAGAUGCUUGGAGCAAGCAAGGAGGAUAUCAGAGAAAAUUGGAAGGUUGCAGCUUGAGGUGCAGAAGUUACAGUUUUCUCUAAUGAAGCUUGACAAUAAUAAAGUGAGCAAAGGUGGGACCCGAGUAACUGAGCGAAAUACACGCGUUCUUCUACGAGAUUAUCUGUAUGGUGGAUCGCGGACCCCGCGCAGGCGGAAAAGGACUCAUUUCUGUGGAUGUGUGCAGCCUCACACUAGAGGAGACUGAUGUUCUAUAAGCCUAGGAGUUUGAUCAGUUUUAGCUGUUCCUGUAAUUUUUUUCCCAAUCUUUUAGAACUUGUUGACCUACAUAUGAUCUCUUUAUUUUUAUGGGAAAGAGAAUCUCGUGUACAAUAUACAUGUUUAAGAAGCUAGUUAUUCAUGAUUAGAUUAA